AUGCCGUCAAAUAAAACAGAUACCAAGCGCAAGCGCUCCUCUGAAAAUGAGCGCCCAAACAAGAAGUCAACCAGCGUUGUUGAAGAUAAGAGCGAGCUGGCGCCGAUAAUUGCCGAUACUCCUGGUCUUCAGAGUGCCCAAUCCCUCCGCUGGAACCCAUAUAUCAAGAACCGCUCCACUGCCUCCAAAUCUGCGGUGGCAUCCCGGAACCCGGGCAUUGUCUCCUCGGAGAUACUCCUGCAGUCCUCAGACCACGCCAAGCUGGACUUUGUCGGCCGUGAAGGCACAGGAGAUGACACAGACUCCCAGGUGAAGCACUACGUCGCAGUCGUUGACCCGGAGAGCAAGACAUGGAAGGUUGUCGAGGUGCGCCGGGCAACUCUCCGCGGUGCAGUCCGAAGCAGAAAGGCCGCGGAGGAAGACUCCGAUGAAGAGAUGGUAGGACUCCUCCUACUCCCCACCGUCAUAGACAGAGCAAAACUAACUACCCGCCAGAACACCAUGCGCGUCCAACGCACAGCCCUGACCAACACCUUCGGAACGAAGCAAUCCCGCAAGGCCGUGCAAUCCAUGGCCGAGAACGCCCAGCUCUCCAACGCCCCAGCAGGAUCAGUCCCCGAAUCUGGCGCAGCACUCAUCUCCACCCUGCCAGCAGACACGGCCUCAGGCCUGGCAAAGGCCAACGCCGUGCAAGCCGAAGUGCAAGCAGCCAAGCCCCUCCCAACCCCUAACCUGAACGUCUCGCACCCAUCAGACGUCUACACAAUCGACACCCUAGUGCCCGGCGGCCCCUCUACCCUCCGCGCACUGAACGGCGUCGACGAAUGGAAAUCCCAAGUCGAAGCCGGCCUAGGCGUGACAACAGUCUCGCGCUUCGUCUCAAACCGCGUCGGCCCAGUCGUCAAUUCAGACAACACAACACACCUCCAAGUCCUACGCUUCAUCCAGCUCCUCAUCGAAUUCGGCCGUUCCCUCAAGGGCAUGGGCGCAAAUGCCAAGGGUGCGCCUCCCCCCCGCGAGGAUCUCCGCCGCCUCCUCUCCAGCACGACCGGCUCAACCGGGAAGCCAGGCGCUGCCGCUACUGCUGCUGCAACCGACUCCGCCUCUACAGAUCUCCUACCGGAGUCGGUCAUCGACGCCGUGCGCCGCCGUUUCGCGCCGAGCGGUGGCUUCGUCUCAAAGAACGAUCUUACCCUCCUCCACACGACUAUCUGUGCUUUGUCAUUGCAUAUCCCGCCCCAGCCUGCGCGCGACGGUGGAUCUAGCUCGUUGGGUGGAAAUGCGCCUAACGAGCUUGCUACCGAUCCCUCUGAUCUGCGUGAUGAUCUGCGUUUAGAUUCGAAUACUAUUCAACAGUAUUUCCGUGAAUUGGGUUGUCGGAUUGAUAAGCCCCGUGAGACGGAGUUCGCUAAGUGGAAUAUUAAGGGUGGAAAGGCUGAGGCGCAUGCUCGUCGUGUUGCGAGGUUGCGUGUUCCUGUUGAGUUCCCUAAGGUUAGCCGUGGUGGUCGGAAGUAG